CUCUCUCUCUCUCUCUCUCUCGCUCUCUCUCUCUCUCUCUCUCAAUCUCUUAUCCUCUCACCUACUAUCUUUUGGAUGGAUAGCUACUCCCUCCUCUACAGUUCCUCCCACAGAACCAGGCUUCUCUCCGGCUUCCAGCGCCUGCGCUCUCAGAGAAACAUGUGUGAUGUCGUCCUAGAGGCCAGCGGUGUGUCUUUUCCUUGUCAUCGCGCCCUUUUGGCCAGCUCCAGCGAGUAUUUUUGGGCUCUGUUUGGAGAGACUACCGCAGAGAGAUUAGCUGGCUCCAUCAGCCUUCCGGCGCUAACACCUGAGGGUUUAAACGUCAUUCUGGACUUCCUGUAUUCGGGCUGGCUCAAGGUAUCACCGCCGACACUUCCUGUUGUCUUGGAGGCAGCCAGGUACUUGCAGGUGGAGACGGCCGUGUCAAUAUGCGAGCGCUUUCUGACUGAUGGUUUAAACGCUGAGAAUUGCUGUUGCUAUGCUAACCUGGCCGAGCAUCACGCACUCUUAGACGCACUUAAAGCUGCCAAUGAAACCAUCGCUAUGGAGAUGGGGACACUGCUGCAGGAACGCAGGGAUGACCUUCUCGGGCUGAAUAUCCAAUCGAUGAUGGCGGUGCUCGAUGCUGACGAAAUACCUGGUGUCAAAGAGGUGGAGCUUAUAAAGCUGGCUCUGGAUUGGCUGGAUGAGAAUGGACCCCUCCCUCUGCUGAAAUCAAAUCUUCUGCUGAGUCGUCUGCGCUUCGGAUUGGUCGCCCCCUCUGACCUGACCAAUAUAAACCACGCCCACAAAGCCAUGGCCACACCUCUCAUGAGAAGUCAGCUUACCCGGGCGUUGGAGUACCACAGGCUGGGUUCUGCUCAGCCAAUCAGACAGAGCAAACAGUCCACGCUCAGAGCGUCGCCCAAUCAGGUGCUACUUGUGGGUGGAGGAUCCAGCCCCGAUUGGCCGGAACAGCAGAUGUUGGCGUUUGAUCCUACAAGUAGGAAGUUUUCAUCUCUGAGCGCCAGCGUCCCGCUGCGACUGAGAAGUCACUGUGCGUGCUCAGUGGGCGGUUUCCUCUUCGUGGUCGGAGGAGAAGAAGUGAAAGAGGGAGACGAGGAUGGGAAAAAGUCAGUCACCGUGGCGACGUCCAACCAGGUGUGGCGCUACGAUCCUCGCUUCGUCUGCUGGGAGACGGUGGAGUCGAUGCUGGAGAGGCGGGCGCGGUUCACCUGCUGCGUCGUGGAGGAUGCCAUUUACGUCAUUGGGGGACGACGCACAGGACCAGACGGCAACACGCACACCUCUGUAGCUUCUGUUGAGUUUUACAACAUGGCCACAGGAGCGUGGAGGAGAGGAGCAACGAUGCCUCGCCCCCUUUACGGCCAUGCUUCUGCUGUGCUUGACAACAGCAUCUACGUGUCAGGUGGUGUCCCGGGCAACCAGGGCGGCAGUAACCCUGUUGAUAACCAGGAUGACCACAGAGCGAGCAGCAGAGAAGUCUUGUUCUGGGACCUCAAAGGCCGAGUCUGGGAGAAGCGAGCGUCCAUGUCCAUCGCCAGGUUCAGCCAUCGCCUGGCAACCGCCCACGGCCACAUCUACGCCCUGUUGGGAAUGUACGAGCCUUUCUGCGAUAUCGAACAAUACGAUCCGCAGUCAGACCACUGGACGCGCCUUCGACCGCUUCUCAUUGGCUCCUUCAACUACGGGAUGGUGUCAACGCCGUCUGGGAACCUGCUGGUGUUUGGAGGGAGGAGAUGGAGCGAUGGACAGGAGGUGAUAGUGAAGAGCGUGUUGGAGUACGAUACAAAGAAAGAUCGCUGGAGAGAGAUCUGCCAGCUCCCCAGACCUCUCACUGGGACCGAGUGCACACUGCUGCCUCUACCAGACUGAAGUUCACUUAGUGUGAGAAAACGUUAACAUGAAAGUGAGUGAUGCAAAAUAGUCUGAAAAUAAUGACAACAGAGCACACAUGAAUAACAUUUUAGGGAACUGAAACUAUUACCGUAAUUUCCCAUUUUGUGAUCAAUAAAAAAAUAACAAAAAUCUAUCUAUCUAUGUAUCGAGUUUCGGCCAUGAAACUGUUCCAUCUCAUUUGAGAAGAACAGAUGUGCAUUAUUAAAAAACUAUUACCGUAAUUUCCCAUUUUGUGAUCAAUAAAAAAAUAACAAAAAUGUAUCUAUCUAUCUAUCGAGUUUUGGCCAUGAAACUGUUCCAUCUCAUUUGAGAAGAACAGAUGUGCAUUAUUAAAAUAUUUUAAACAAGUAGACUUAAAGAAUACUUUAAAAAAAAAUGACAAUUUGGUUAAUGUAUUCUUUUUUGCUGAGAAUUAGAUGAAAAGAUUGAUACCACAUGAAGCUAAUACCAGGAGCUGGUUAGCUUAAAAUCAUUUUUACACUUUGGUUUUUGUAUGGAUGACACAAAUCACAUAUAAGUUUUACAGAUGCUUGUAGACAGAGUUGUUGCCUCUGGUCACAGCUAGCUAGGCCAGCUGUUCCCCGUUUCUUACCUGUCCUUAUGCUAAGCUCCUCUUCUACUUCUUAUAGGAGUAGUUAUACAUUUUGGGAAAUAUACUUCUUUGCAUUUUUGCCGAGUGUUUGAUGAUAAGAUUUAUAUCACUGUCAUAUCUGUUAAAUAUGAAGCUAGAACCAGGAGAUAGUUAGCUUACUUUAACACAAAGCACUAAACUUUUUGUAAAACA